CCGUUCUCUAAAACGCCCCGCUCCUCUGUUUCAGGUGCUCUGCCUGGCCGCCGAGGUUCGCGCGAGUCCCCGGUUGGGUAGUGGAGAGAGCAGCUUGAGGCAUUCCAGGCACGCUCACAGGCUUGAAGAGUGGUCGUCGCCGAGGGGCAUGCAGGCGCUGCUGCGGAAGGAGGGCGGCGAGGAGGGCCGCGAGGUGGACUGCUGCCCGUCCGUCAUGGACGUGACGCAGCCCAAGGGGGGCCGCAACGAGGACGGCAUGUACGUCGAGCUGUACAUGGGCAACAACCCGUACAACGAGACGCAGCGCUUCUACGAGUUCUCGUGCCGCAAGGACGUGCUGGACCGGCCGUGCCUCUUCGUCGACCGCAAGCUGCGCAACCAGUCGCGGUGCGUGCAGAAGUACUCGCUGCAGUACGCCAUCGUGCGCGCGGACGAGCACGACCCCACGAGCAACACCUUCUUCCCCAACGGCCCGUCGGGCUGGAAGCUGGACUACAUCAAGCUGCGGUCGGGCUGCAGCUGCGUGGUCAAGCCCAAGCGCCAGGGGAAGGGCUACAAGGGCCACGGCAGUCGGGAGAGGGCGCUCGCCGGGCCCUCUCUCGGGGGCGUGAACGAGGACCCCCUGGACAACACCUGAGACCGCGGUGAAAGGCGCAUGUAGCCCUGCUCGCCUCUCCUCGCCUCGCCCCCUCGCGCUAGGCGCUGUGCUGGGUGCUCGGGCCUGCCCGAGGGCCUGCCCGAGGGCCUGCCCCCACCCAGUGCACCCCGUAGUCAAGCCAAAGUGCUGCGCAACUCCACUGGACACCAACCCCGCCGGGGUGCGAGGCUCCUGGUCCGCCGCGGCGCCGCCGAGCCGCUCGCCCCGCGCAGAGCUCUGCAGAUGCUGCCGCCCCCGCUGAGCUGAGGACGGGGCUCGUGGUGCCACUAGUCGACGCUAGCAGCACCCACGCAGCCCGCGUCCGUUAAGUGAACAAAGCAGCAAGUGCUCGCAUGGCCUAGUGUUGUAAAAGGCUAGUGUUUUCCAAUUGUUGCGUUUAUUGCGGCUACUGUUAAGUGAAUGCAGUAGUAGAGAAUGACCAUACUUCGUGGUGGGCAUGCAAUUGUUGUAUGUUGCACCAAAAAAUAUAUAAUGAAGUAAAAACUUUUCUUGGUGCACUUUGUUUGUAUGUUUGUCAUUCUAACACUCAGGCUAGUCAGGCAUAAAUUCAUAUGUUCAUGUUUCAAAUAGUUUUGGAAAUGGGUGGCUGAGAAGUAGGUAAAGCUAUUUUUUCUUUAAUGCCAUUAUAUGUUUGUUUUUAAGUUUCUCCAUUCAAAGUGCAAUGUUUGCUGUAAGUAAGAAUUAUGUCACCGAAGUCAUAGCUGAUAAAUAUUAUUGUAUCUAAUUUUAUUUCGUUGUCAUCACUGUAGUGUGAUUUUUACAGUAGAGAUGUUGUUUGGACAUCUGUGAAAACAGAACCUCUAUUGAAUGUAAUGAUGUGUCAUAUCUCUGACAACAGAGGUAUAUGAUUUCAAAAUCCGUGCCAUAUUUAUUCUUCAAUUGAUACUUAUUCCACUAGUUGCGGCAUCGUUAGCGGCUGAACUUUCAAAGUUCCUUUUAAUUAUACAAUAAUUUUUUAAUAGAUUGUUUCAGAAUUCCCUUUCUAAUACUUUUUUUUUAUUUUUCAAAUCUUGUUGACUUGUUAAAUGAAAUAUAAUUAUUUGUUCAUUGUGGAUCUCGUGACUUUAUGUCAAAUAUAUGGUCAGAUGUGCUUGCGUCAAACGAUUUGGCAUGUAUCUGUUUUGAGGUGAAAUAAUUUCCGCCAAGUAUUUUAAAUAUUAUGACUAUAAUAGGUUCAAACAAAGGCUAGACUCUCUUAGAAUGCUUUGCCAUAGACUAAAUUUGAAAUUUAGAGCAUGAGGUUUGUCUCAUCCUCAUAUAUCUAAAAAUUUUAAUUGAUACUAAGGCAGUUUCUUUCUCCUGUGGGGUUGACAGCAAACUAAAACAAUAGCCUUACUUUAAAAAAAAAACAUUUAAAAAAAAUAACUGACCUAAGCAAUCUGAAUUGUUAAAAAGGUAGUGAGAAUCUUACGUCUUCUUUCCUUUUUUGUGAGAAGUACAUCCCAGAUGAUAAGAAGUCAAAAAGUAAAUUACAAAUUUUUGUGUCAUAGAAUAAUUGAGAGAGCCAAAUCAGUGUGACUGAUUUAAGUAUUGGAACUUCAGUGAAGGAUAAGGCCAAGAAGCAGGCAGACGGUGUGGCAGGAUAGAAUUUGAACAUUGUUAAUUAUGAGUACCAAAUAGAAUAAAUGUCUCAGGAAUACCAUGAAUAGUUUUAUAUGUCUCAUAAUACAGAAUCUCAUGGCCAGACCCGAUUAAGCAUUAUGGCAUGUCAUCGCGUAACUAUGUAUUUAAAUCUAUUUAUUGGCUUUAAACGUAAAGAAAACAUAAAGCAAGCUCGUCAAUUUCUACCUUCUCGGAGAAGAGAGACGUAAAAACCAUGGAGUAGUUUGCUUUACCCUGAUCUGGAUAGAAGCAGCAUGCCGGUUGUACGUACUUGAGUCACUAGGGUGUGCAAUUUUUACCACUUCACAGGCGUUUGCUCACCCAGCUAUACACCUUGGACAUGUACAUAGCCUCCGCAAACUGACAAUAAAUCAUUUGUAAAUAGA